AUGGCUUCCAGAGGAGGUCCCGCCGGCGCCCGCGGCAUGAACACCCGUUUUGCGCAGUUCAAGCUCGUCUUAUUAGGUAUGCUCCUGCUCCUGCUCCUGCUCUUGCUCCUGCCCCUCCUUCUGCUGCCGCCCAAGGACUCGCAUGUCGAUAUGUACUUGGCCCAGAGGCCAUGCCAGCCACCUAGCCCGUCUACGCAUUUUGCUGAUCAUCAUCCAUCCCACCAGAGCUCCAUCGUCUUGCGGUUCGUUAAGGACCAGUUCGACUCGUACAGGGAGUCCACUAUCGGUGCCGCCUUCCUUACCCAGACCAUCUCUCUCGAUGAAAACACCACAGUCAAGUUCGAAAUCUGGGAUACCGCCGGCCAGGAGCGCUACAAGUCGCUAGCCCCCAUGUACUACCGCAACGCCAACUGCGCCGUUGUCGUCUACGAUAUUACGCAAUCCGCUUCACUGGACAAGGCAAAGGCCUGGGUCAAGGAGCUCCAGCGACAGGCCAACGAGAACAUCAUCAUCGCGCUCGCAGGCAAUAAGCUGGACUUGGUGACGGAGCAACCGGACAAGAGGGCAGUGCCCACGGCCGACGCCGAGGCCUACGCCAGCGAGGCCGGUCUUCUUUUCUUUGAGACAUCGGCCAAGACGGCCGAGAACGUUCGCGAGUUGUUCACGGCCAUCGCCAAGAAGCUUCCCCUGGAUCAGGCCGGCCCAAGGCACACCCGCCCAGGGCAGCGAACCGGCGGGGUCAGCCUGCAGUCAGAGGGCGCGAACACGGCGGCCGGAGGGCCAUGCAGCUGCUAA